GCGGGUAGGGGGUCCCGUAGUUGAGCAAGCCCCCGCCCCCACCCACUAGAGGCGGGCCUGGGUGAGUGGGUCUCGGCGAACACGUGCCCUCCGCGAUUUGUCUAUGAGGGUAAUGCUGCUGCCUCAUCCACUGCGUUGCAGUGAGCUAGAGACCUGCUAGUGUGAGAGGCUUCAGGUCCAUGGUGCUACUGGCUCUAGGGCCCAAAGCUUGGCCCAGGCUCUCUCAGUUCAAACCUCGAGUCCUUCUCGGGAUCCCAGGAAGUGGAACUCUGUAUGUAAAGUCCCGACACUUGUCAGGGCAGGGCCAGCCCCAAGGCCCUGGGCUAAGAACGAGGCUGCUGAUCACUGCCCUGUUUGGGGCUGGGCUGGGCUGGGCCUGGCUGGCAGCAAGAGCUGAGAAGGAGCAGUGGCGCCAGCAGCAGCGGACAGAGGCCCUGCGCCAGGCUGCUGUGGGUCAGGGCGACUUCAGCCUACUGGACCACAAAGGCCAGCCCCGAUGCAAAGCUGACUUCCGAGGCCAGUGGGUGCUGAUGUACUUUGGCUUCACUCACUGCCCUGACAUCUGCCCCGAGGAGCUGGAAAAGCUGGUUAAGGUGGUACAGAAGCUGGAGACAGAGCCUGACCUGCCUCUGGUACAGCCUGUCUUCAUCUCCGUGGACCCAGAGCGGGAUGACAUAGCAGCCAUGGCCCGGUACGUGCAGGACUUCCACCCGAGACUGCUGGGUCUGACUGGCUCUAAAGAACAAGUGGCCCAGGCUAGUCGCAACUACCGUGUAUACUACAGCGCUGGUCCCAAGGAUGAGGACCAGGACUAUAUUGUGGACCACUCCAUCGCCAUUUACUUGCUCAACCCAGACGGUCUCUUCACAGACUACUAUGGUCGGAGCAGGUCAGCAGAGCAGAUUGUAGAGAGUGUACGUCGGCACAUAGCUGCCUUCCGUAGCAUCCUGCCCUGAACAUUGCUACCUAGGCCCUGUCAAUAAAUGAAUGUACUUCAUCUA